AUGCGAUCAUCUCAAUACCUCACAGCCCUCGCCGGCCUCCUCCUCUCUGGAGCCAGCGCGACCGUCCUCCCUCGUGACUCUGAGCCCUACUGCUCCAUCAUUAACGCCCGCCCAAGCAAGCUGGCUUGCUCAAAGCAAGGCUACAUCAACGACGACUCUGGAAAGAUUGGCGAUCCUCAAAACAUCCCUCGAGUAACCCAAUGUGCCGAUCUUUGCGCCAAGACUCCUUCAUGCACCUUCUUCAACUUUCGACCCGAAUCCGGCUUUUGCCAGCUCUUUUCUGGAAACUUUGCUUCUGUCGGCCACCGUGAAGAGGCUAGCGGUAGCUACUUUUCUCAGCUUGAAUGCUAUCAGUGUACCAACGCCGACACCCUCUUCAACUUGGACUUUGAGGACCGGGAUGUCGAAAAGUGGGGUCUAGAUAUGGAAAAGGAGGGGGACUUUUACUUCGACAUCCAACAGCCAGACUCUUGGGCCCUUCGCGUCCUGGAAGUCGCCGAUCAAGGCGUAGUCAAGGUCAAGUACUUGCCCACAUUCCACCUCGAGCCUGGCUCCUCCUAUCGGAUCACCUUCCUGGCCAAGUCCAACAAGAAGGACAUUGAGCCUUUCGACUUGAUCCGCACCGUCAUCUACCGCGGCGAUCAGACUAUCUAUGAGGCUUUCCCUGAGUAUCCGGCCCAGUACAUUGGGGGAUGGCAUCAGUUCUACACCAGGUUCACUGUGCGUGAGGGCCAGGGCGGCGAGGCUUCGUUCAUGUUCAAGAUUUAUUCGAGUGGUUCUGAGCUCGAUUGGUACUUUGAUGGUCUUGCCUUGCAAAAGGUUUAA